AUGCUUCAGGAACAGCCCGAAGGCGCAAUCGUCGUUGUAUUCCAUCGAGAUGGGGGCUUACAAGAGCUGGGCAGCUUGGUAUGUCACCGCACCGCUUCGCUGCCUACGAGAGAAAUCCGCAUACCAAACACCGACGAGGCCGUGGACCAGUUGAAUUCUUUCAUUGCUGGGUUCAGUGUACAGGACAGCACAAUCCAAGGCAAAUGGCGCACCAAGUGCCGCUCCCUUGGCCACUCUGACGAUGAUGCCCACCCGGGGCAGCUCCAGUUUAGGUCACCCGAAAUUGUGGUCACCUUUACUAGGCACGCGGCAUCGCUACAGGAACUCACCAUGCAACUUCCGGUGGUGGAAAAGCAACGAACCAUCAAAAACAGAGAGGCCCGACUGAAUCACCGAGCGGCUAUCGUGAGGCCGACAGAAGUACGACACAUCCAGGCGUGCGUCCAAUGGGCUCUAAAGCACGGCACCAGCUUGACGGUCAUUGGCGGCGGUCAUAGCGGUCAUUGUCUAUGGCCCACCGUUGUCGGGGUUGACAUGAGUGCUUUCAAUCAAGUACAUAUUCAAACUACAAGCGCGGAAGACGGCUCUAACCCCGGCUGGAUAAUCAUCGUGGGGGCUGGCUGUACUUCCGAGGACAUAAUCCGUGCAGGCAAGGCAGCUGGUAUAACAGUACCAUUGGGGGCCCGGCCAAGCGUGGGUGCGGGACUGUGGCUACAAGGCGGCAUUGGACACCUGGCUAGAAUGUACGGACUCGCAUGCGAUUCCAUUGUGGGUGCUGUACUGGUCUGUGUCCAGACUAGGCAGGUGCUAUGCAUCGGCCAUGUACCAAAUGAACACCAACCAGCUGGUGCCAUCCGUCCAGAAAAUGAAGCGGAACUACUCUGGGCAGUAAGGGGCGCCGGGACCAACAUCGGCAUCGUGGUAAGCGUUACUUUCAAGGCCUACGCGGCUCCGACCUAUUCUGUCAAGACCUGGAUCGUCCCACUCAGAAACAACCUCGCCGUGCGGUGCAAGCUUCGCGAUUUUGAUCAACGCCUCGCGAGGAAGCUUCCUCGCAGUUCCUCUGCCGACGCGUAUCUCUACUCCGAAGCUGGAAAGCUGCAUCUUGGCGUGGCCGUGUUCCAAGCCCUUCCAGCUGCUCCUGAGGCGGCAUCCGAGAGAACGCCCACAACUGGACGAGAUAUUCUAGGCCCAGAGACGAGUUCCAGGCUUGUCGAUAGUAUCGGCUUAUUCGAGGUCGACAUGUACAUAUCCGGCAUGCACGGAGGGCACGGCGGCGGGAAGACUUCCUCGUUCAAGCGGUGUUUAUUCUUGAAGGAUAUCGGUGAACCAAGUGUGGUCGAUGUCCUUGCAGCAGCUGUCGCGACUGCCCCCUCGCCCUUCUACGAAACACAUUUUGCCCAGGGAGUUGUAGACUGGGUUUACCAUGUUGCCCGUUCCAUAUUACCGUUAAGCUGCGGAGUCUACGGCGCAGACCUCGGACCAGACCCCAGAGAUACACCCUUGGCGGCUCGAGCUUUCGGCCCUAACUUGUCGCGCCUCGCAAGUCUUAAGCAGCGGGUCGACCCACAGAACGUACUCGCCUACGCCUGUCAACUGCCAAAGAAUACAAUAGUGGGUAAUCCAAAGCUCAUAGUUCUCAUCACUGGUGAAACCGGUGCUGGCAAGGACUAUUGUGCUCAGAUCUGGGUCUCGGUGUUCAGUAAAACCACCCGAAGGAGCAUCACCGCGCGUACAGCUAGCAUCAGCUACGUAGCCAAGCAAGAAUACGCGGCAGCCAGUGGCGCGGAUUUUAACCGCCUGCUCCAUGACCGCCAGUAUAAGGAGCAACACCGCCCGGCUUUGACGGCCUUUUACCAGUCGCAGGUGUGGGAGGAGCCUUGGUUACCAGAGGAGCACUUCAUGAGGACGGUCGACGAGUCUCGAGACGUCGAUGUGUUGUUAAUUACCGGAAUGAGAGACAAUGCACCAGUACCAUUAUUCUCACAUUUAGUACCGACAAGCAGGCUAAUUGAAGUCCGGGUCACCUCUGGUGACGAGACGCGACGGACUCGUCGGGGUUUCUUCGAGCAUGGGCUUCCCGACAAUGCCCUGGACUACUCCCCCAAUUUCAUCUUUAAAAACGAGAAACCCGGGGACGACGCUGUAAAAUCCUUUGCUGAACGACAUCUUGUUCCUUACCUACACGAGGAUCUACAACGCCUUGCUCACAUGGUGCGGCUGGUCCCCGAAUUUCCGCGCCCAGGAAUCGAAUUCCGCCAUGUGCUUAACAUCGUUCAACGUCCUGGGGGUCUUCCCCUUUGCACCUCGCUACUGCGGUCUCACUUCAUCGGGGACUGGACGAAAGUCGACGUGAUAGCGUGCUGUGAGGCGGGUGGGUUUGUGUAUGCAGCGCCACUGGCUUCAGAGGUUGACAAGCCCCUGGUACUGAUUCGCGAAGCUGGGAAGCUUCCCCCGCCUACCGUCUCGGUCCCGAAGUCCACCUCGCACAUCGGAGCUUCGGUGGUCAACAAUCCAACAGAGACGAGAAUGGAGUUAAGUCGAGAUGCCAUCCCCAGAAGCGCGUCGGUGGUCGUGGUGGACGACGUGCUCGCGACAGGAAAAACACUCUGUGCCGUACUACACCUGCUGCAGGAAGCCAGCGUACGAGCUGAAGAUAUCAGUGUCAUGGUUGUUGCGGAGUUCCCCGUUCAUCGUGGUCGCAAAAUGCUGCACCAGCGUGGCUUUGGCAGGGUUAAUGUACAGAGCCUUUUGGUUUACGAUGGUGUUUAG